AUGGCGCACCCUUCAACACUCUACCAAGUUAACGGAAAACUUGGGAACCCGCACUUCCAACUCCAGUCCAAAUCAAUCCCCGAGUUGACGCUUCGCAUUCCCACCACCCUCGACGUUGCCGCCAUAGUUGAAGUCCUCCAGAACAAAGCUAAUUCCGAGUUCGACAAGUCCGUCUCAGAUGCCACUCCCGAAGAACUGGAAUCAAUUGCUCAGCGGUGGACGAUCGUCAAUGAGCCGCUGACUCAUGUGAACUUCCUAGUCCAACAUAACGGGCAGGUGCUGGGUAUCGCCGGGCUUGGUUGGAUUGGCCCCGUCAACAGCGAUGGUGCUACUGCUACUUGUCAUGCGGAAAGGGCCGGUGCAGCGGGGGUGAUGCUUCAACCUUUUGGAAGGGGUAAGGGAUAUGCGUAUGAAGCUUUGCGGGUUGUUUUUGAUUAUGGACUACGCGAGUUGGGUCUGGUGGAAAUUCGCGUUGGGAGUCACUUGGGGAAUUUGCCGAUGAAGGGGUUGAUGGAGAAGUUUGGGCUGCAGCCGGAGGCGACCGCGGAAGAAGCGGUUGAUCAGUUUGGAAAUGACCUUUUAUGGAUUGUGAAAAGAGAUGAGUGGUUUAGAACUGACUACUAA